GAGAGGAUUUCGGCACAGAUUGUAUUUGCCACUAAAUUAAUAGAGACUUAUACCACUUGGUGUAAGCAUCGAGCCUAUAGAUUAAAGUCAUCUCGCUCACACUUCUUCGUCGUAGAUAUUUAUCAGUUUCAUUAUUUGUUUGCGCUAAUACAAAUAUAUAAUAAAAAUAAAUUCUUAAAAUCUUUGCUAGAUUUUGUUGAAAUGUUCAUAUAAGAAACGAAUCAAUCAAUCAAUUAUUCUGUCAUGGAAAGUUUUCUUAUUGUGAUAUUAAAACGCAGGAUCUGCUGUUUAAUUCAGUCAACAAUAAACUGAAUUUGUAACAUUUUGGAGGGUAUAUAUUCAACACUGAGCUACACCCUCCCUACCGCUUCUACAGCUCAGAAUUGCUCUUCAACACUUGUUGGUGUACAAAAGGUAACUAAUCGAUUGCAGAUAUGUCUAGCCCAAGCAUGGUAAGUGAACCGUAAUAAGAUUAUACACAACAACUAAUUUCGGGAUCUCCGGGCGCCAUCCAGCUCUAAUGGGCACCUGACAUUAGUCAGGGAAAAGUAUUGAUGGUUGGUCGUUGUGCUGGCUACUCGACACCCACGUUAACCGUGGACCACAGAAACAGAUGACCUUUACUUCAUCUGCCCUAUAGAUCGCAAGGCCUAAAAGGGGAACCUUACUUACACACUAGACCCAGCAAAGCAAGACGAUAUGUAUUUCUACAAUAUUUUAAACGCCAUAUUCUUUAAGCUUUCCUAACAUUUUAUAUUCACAUUGUUCGAAAAUUUAAGGUAAAUUUAAAUGAAUAACUAAGUGAGCAUUUGAUAGUAAAUCAAAUAUUUUUACAUCGGUUAUACUUUAUUUUAUCAUGUUUUGUCACUUUCAGAAAUUUACUUUAAAGAUUGCUGGAUGUGUGGCCGAGCGACUUUAACCGUUUAGCUACCCAUCAAUGGGGCUUGGCUACCUAGCAGUGGGGCAUGGCUACCUUUCUGGUUUAAAAAACCAUCCUACUUGUCAAGUAUUGUUUAAGAGAUAUCUAAAGGAAAGUGCUUAAGGUUAUGUUAUUAAUUUCAUUCAGUUGCUUUGAAGUAACGCUCUCAAGCCUAACACGGAAGUUAUUUUCUCACUAGUUAAUAGAUCGCUUUACAUUUUGUUUCUACUCACAUGUGAUCAUGAAUUGUGUCUCGUUGGACUGUGAGUCGUUACAUUGUGUGUCGUUGGAUUGUGUGUCGUUGGAUUGUCUCGUUGGAUUGUGUCUUGUUGGAUUGUGUCUCGUUGGAUUGUGUCUCGUUGGAUUGUGUCUUGUCGUUUCUACUCACUCGUGAUCAUGCAUUGUUUCUCGUCGGAUUGCUUUGUAAAAAGUCUACCAGACUUUAAUAAAUCAUAAAUGUGUAAUAUUUCAUUUUAAAAAAUCUACCAAACAAAGAGCAUUUUUAUAUUUAUAUUUACAGAUCUCUGGCCUUGACACCACUGGGAAGAAAUAACACAGAUCUCACUGUGUCUUUAUUGGUACACACGUAUUGAUUCAAUCAAACACCUAUGAAAGGGAAACGUCAAAGCUGGGAAACAAAGUGUGUCACUGAAGCGUUGAGUCUUGUAACGUAUCUGUAAACAGAAGAGUAGAAAUAUGUCAUAGUUUGCAAUCAUUACGUUGUUCAUUUCCUGUCUACGCAUAAUAGACACAGUGGCCGAAUGGAACAUUAAUCUGGAACUGAAAGUCUACACAAGAAGGUGCGCAAAAUAUUCAUGAACGUCUUUACCAAAUACGAAAACAAAACAUUGGCUAUGAGUGCGGACAUUCAUGCUGAUCAAGUGUGCAGUCCUACAAUGAAAGCCUAAUUUAAUUUUAAGAGGAUGAUAUUUUGAAAUAUAAUAACGGGGAUACCAGAGAUUUCGCAGUGCAGCCAAUUAGAUUUGAGAAUCCAUUAUGACUGAAUACCUUUAUCUACUUUUUGUGACUGCGCUUUGUGCCAUGGUCCUGUGGUGCUUAUGGCCCACAUCUGAGAGUGCUGAAAGACCGACGCCCUGCGCCUCUUCCAAUUCAUUGCCUUCAGAACACAGUGUCUCAAGUCACCAGGUGCAGCCCUUAAAUAUCUGCAUACGAUCCUUUCCUAGCAGGGCUCGGUCCACUACUGACAACGUUAUCAGAAAUGCUAUUCCAUCGUCAGCUAUUCCUACCUACCGGGUCACUAACGUAGCCCACAACCCAGCGCCCGCAGAGACACCCAACGAGAAUGACCUUUUGGCAAGAGCAACACGCAGAAGACCACGUAAUUCCUCAAUGCUGGAUUCGGAGACUCCAAGAAGGUUCAUACCCAGAGACUUUGGAGCUUCCCCCACGUCGGUUACCAGAGCGGGUACAUCGAACACAGUGCUGGUCACUACUUCCGUUACACUGUCCAACGCUUCUCAUCCAGCAGCAUUAAGAGAGCCAGCAGCAAGUGGUAUCCAUGUCUGUGUCAAUGAUACAGAGCCGAUAUCAUCUUCUAGUCCAAUCGCUGUUCCUGUUUAUUAUGAAUGUAGACAUUUGUCGUCAGAUAAUGUUCUUCCUAAACCACCAGGAACUAUCUCGAUCGGUGCUGAAGCGGCGCCUUGCGAGCCUCAGGAGGUACCACCUUCACCUAGACUGAGAAGAGCGCGUAGAUCGAAGCUUGACGAGUACUACAGGCGUGACAGAUUGUUUCCUUUCAUUAACUUCUGUCCUAGCGAGCCCAAAGACAAAAAACUGGAUCUCCGGAUGCAAUACUUAGACGAAGCCAUGGCUAAUUUUUAUGAUUUUUACUAUCGAAUGAAAAAAAUGUACACUCAUGAAGGCUACAAAGAAGAAGACAGAUAUAUCUAUGUUGUGACUGGUUACGGGAUAUUCAGCGAGAACAUGAUACCGAAAAUAAAACCAGCAGUUCAGUCAUUCUUGGAUGAGAAGAAAGUCAGACACCGAUGGUUAAAUCGAGGAGGUCUGGUCAUGAUAGACUUUUGCGGUGAGGCUGAUGAGGAGACGGACUCCGAGGAUAAUCAGACAGACAGCGAAGAAGAAAGCAGCAACUAUGAAACAAAUGAGGAAAGUCCUAUGGAUGAAGAUGGUCAGCUGGAUAUAAUAGAGAGUUAGAUUCAUUGAUAGAUAUCGCAGACAGAGAAUCCGAGAUGAUUCCUCAAUAAAGAUAUGUAUUAUUAAGAUGUUUAUAGUUUUUGUUUGGCAAACCACCUUUGUAUAUACCUACUAUGAUAAUGUCUUUUUCAUAACUGUGUUCAGGAGACCUAGCAGUCAGAACAGUUCAUAGCGUGUGAUUAUGUUUCUCUCAUGCAAUACUAUCUUAUCUUAUCUUAUAUAAUACAGACGUUACUUCAAAAAAGAAGAUGAUUACGUCCUACGCGUCAUGCAUUCAUUCAAUACUAACUUAA